GGCAGAGGGGGAAGUGGGCGGGAGCCACGGGCCAAGUCUCGAGAGUCGCCGGUAGCCGCGGGACGCUGGGCAGGUGGGAACCCGCGUGGUCCGGGCCGCGAUGAACAAUGGCAUCGGUCAAGGUGGCUGUGAGGGUCCGGCCCAUGAAUCGCAGGGAGAAGGACUUGGAAGCCAAAUUCAUUAUUCAAAUGGAGAAAAGCAAAACAACAAUCACAAACUUAAAGAUACCAGAAGGAGGGACCGGGGACUCAGGAAGAGAACGGACCAAGACCUUCACCUACGACUUUUCUUUUUAUUCUGCUGAUACGAAAAGUCCAGAUUAUGUUUCACAAGAAAUGGUUUUCAAAACCCUCGGCACAGAUGUCGUGAAGUCUGCAUUUGAAGGUUAUAAUGCAUGUGUCUUUGCAUAUGGGCAGACUGGAUCAGGAAAGUCAUACACUAUGAUGGGAGAUUCUGGCGAUUCUGGCUUAAUACCCCGGAUCUGCGAAGGGCUCUUCAGUCGGAUAAAUGAAACCACCAGAUGGGAUGAGGCAUCUUUUCGAACUGAAGUCAGCUACUUAGAAAUUUAUAAUGAACGUGUGAGAGAUCUACUUAGACGGAAGUCAUCCAAAACCUUCAAUUUAAGAGUCCGUGAGCAUCCAAAAGAAGGACCUUAUGUUGAGGAUUUAUCCAAACAUUUAGUACAGAAUUACGGUGAUGUCGAAGAGCUUAUGGAUGCAGGAAACAUCAAUCGGACCACCGCCGCCACAGGGAUGAAUGAUGUCAGCAGCAGGUCUCACGCCAUCUUCACCAUCAAGUUCACGCAGGCAAAAUUUGAUGCUGAAAUGCCAUGUGAAACUGUGAGUAAGAUCCACUUAGUCGAUCUUGCUGGAAGUGAGCGGGCAGAUGCCACUGGUGCCACCGGGGUCCGGCUGAAGGAAGGGGGUAACAUCAACAAAUCCCUCGUGACUCUGGGAAAUGUCAUUUCUGCCUUAGCUGAUUUAUCUCAGGAUGCUGCAAGCCCUCUUGUAAAGAAGAAGCAAGUUUUUGUGCCUUACAGGGAUUCUGUUUUGACUUGGUUGUUAAAAGAUAGCCUUGGAGGAAACUCUAAAACUAUCAUGAUUGCCACCAUUUCACCUGCUGAUGUCAAUUACGGAGAAACCCUAAGUACUCUUCGCUAUGCAAAUAGAGCCAAAAACAUCAUCAACAAGCCUACCAUUAAUGAGGACGCCAACGUCAAGCUCAUCCGUGAGCUGCGAGCGGAAAUAGCCAGGCUGAAAAUGCUGCUUGCUCAAGGGAAUCAGAUUGCCCUCUUGGAUUCUCCCACAGCCUUAAGCAUGGAGGAGAAACUUCAGCAGAAUGAAGCCAGAGUUCAAGAAUUGACCAAGGAAUGGACAAAUAAGUGGAAUGAAACCCAAAAUAUUUUGAAAGAACAAACUCUGGCCCUGAGGAAAGAAGGGAUUGGGGUUGUUUUGGAUUCCGAGCUGCCCCAUUUAAUUGGCAUUGAUGACGACCUUCUGAGCACUGGCAUUAUCUUGUAUCACUUGAAGGAAGGUCAGACAUAUGUUGGUAGAGAAGAUGCUUCAACAGAACAAGAUAUUGUUCUUCACGGCCUCGACUUGGAGAGUGAGCACUGCAUCUUUGAAAAUGUCGGGGGGACGGUGACACUGAUUCCCCUGAGUGGGUCCCAGUGCUCUGUGAACGGUGUUCAGAUCAUGGAGGCCACGCACCUCAAUCAAGGUGCCGUGAUACUCUUGGGAAGAACCAAUAUGUUUCGCUUUAACCAUCCGAAGGAGGCCGCCAGGCUCAGGGAGAAGAGGAAGAGUGGCCUUCUGUCCUCCCUCAGCUUGUCCAUGACCGACCUGUCCAAGUCCUGCGAGAACCUCUCUGCCGUCAUGCUGUACAACCCAGGUCUUUUCCCUAUAAAAGGACCCAUCUGUCUAAGACUUGAAUUUGAGCGGCAACAGCGUGAAGAACUUGAGAAAUUAGAAAGUAAAAGAAAGCUCAUAGAAGAGAUGGAGGAAAAGCAAAAGUCCGACAAGGCUGCGCUGGAGCGGAUGCAGCGGGAGGUGGAGACGCAGCGCAAGGAGACGGAGAUCGUGCAGCUGCAGAUCCGCAAGCAGGAGGAGAGCCUCCAACGCCGCAGCUUCCACCUGGAGAGCAAGCUCAAGGACCUACUGGCCGAAAAGGAGCGGUUCGAGGAGGAGAGGCUGAAGGAGCAGCAGGAGAUUGAGCUGCAGAAGAAGAAACAAGAAGAGGAGUGCUUUCUCCGCGCCCAGGAAGAGCUCCAGCGGCUGCAAGAACUCAACAGCCACGAGAAGGCCGAGAAGGUUCCAAUAUUUCAGGAGCUGGAGCAACUCAGAAGGGAAAAAGAGGGGCAGUGCGUCAAGCUGGAGCAGGAGGAGAAGCGGCUGGAGGAGCAGGUCCUGGUCCGGCCGCUGCAGCACGGGGAGGCACAGCGCGCGGAGGAGGAGCGGCAGGACCUCCAGGGCAUCCGCGCAUCCCUCCUGCGGGCCAAGGAGGCCGGUGCCGAGCUGGGGGUCGAUGACGGCCGGGAGCUCGAACGGGCGCAGCUGCGUUUCUUAGAUUUCAAGCGAAGGCAGCUGGCCGCGUUGGCCUCCCUGGAGAAGGAGCUGGUUCAGCAGAAGGACCUCCUGACAAAGGAGGUGGAGGAAGAACGCGAAAUCCUAGAGCGCUUAAAACCUGGCAGCAAGGAAGCAUCGAGGUUGUUGUUAAAGAAGGACGGUGGUGUCGCAGAUGUCCCCCACGCGGCUGGAGACGUGGAGCAGAUCACGCCGGCAGAGGGGAGGCUACAGUGUAAGGAGCGCCAGCUCCAGUGUCUCCUGCAGCAUCACUUGCCGAGGCUGCUGGAAGAGAAACAGAGAGCCUGUGAGAUCCUCGACCGAGGUCCUCUCGGCCUAGACAACACUCUCUACCAAGUGGAGAAAGAGAUGGAAGAAAAGGAAGAGCAGCUCGCGCAGUUCCAGGCCAGAGCCAGCCAGCUGCAGAAGCUGCAGGCCACCUUCGAGUUCACGGCCAGCGUGGCCCGUCAGGAGGAGAAGGUGAGGCGGAAGGAAAAGGAGACCCUGGAAUCCCAGGAGCAGCAGCAGACAGAGGCGCUGGAGCGGGCGGUGGCCCGGCUGGAGAGGAGGCGCUCUGCCCUGCGGCGGCGCUGCGCCCGGGGCCUGGGGGCCGAGCAGCAGAGGCCGAAGCCGGCCACCUUGACCGCGGGCGGCAGCGAGCGGGCCGGGCUCUGGGCCGGCCUGGGGGCCGAGCAGGAAGCCCUGGAGAAGGACCGGGAGAGGUUAGAACAUGAAAUACAGCAGUUGAAGCAGAAGAUCUCUGAGGUCGAUGGUGUUCAAAAAGGGCAUCGUGGGACCUUGGAAGGAAAACCUGCUUCUUCCAGCUUGCCAUCCAGUGCUGAAAAGUCUUACCUGGUCCCCCUGAUGGAUGCCAGGAUCAGUGCUUACAUUGAAGAAGAAGUCCAGAGGCGCCUUCAGGAUCUGCACCGCGUGGUUGGCGAUGGCAGCGGUGCACCUGCUGAGACCAUGAAGGAUAAUGAGAAACUUCACAAUGGCACCAUUCAACGUAAGCUAAAAUAUGAGCGGAUGGUGUCUCGCUCUUUGGGAGCAAAUCCAGACAACCUGAAGGACCCCAUCAAAAUUAGUAUUCCACGCUAUGUUCUCUGCGGCCAAGGGAAGGACGAGCACUUCGAGUUUGAGGUCAAGAUCACUGUCCUGGAUGAGACGUGGACCGUAUUCAGGCGUUACAGUCGUUUCCGAGAAAUGCAUAAAACAUUGAAGUUGAAGUAUGCAGAGAUGAGGCAGAGUUACUAUUGAUGUCUAGUGUCCAUGAAGUUUACCUGUGGAUCCAGGUCAUAGUCUGAGAGUCAGGCAGGACAAAAACAUAGCUCAUCAAGAAGCUGAAAAGAAAGGACUAUUUUAAAACCACAUCCCCUUUCAACCAUUAGAAUGAAUGAAUAGUGAAGACCUAGUGUCCUGUCCCCUUCCCCCCUUUUGGAUGAGUGGUCUGGUAGGCUCUGAAUGUAUUUCAUGAAGUGGUAGGACAUGGGGCUGGAAGAUCAGAGGGUCACUGAGAGAGCUGCUCCUUCUAGGAGGUCCAGAGAUGCCAACCCCUGUCGGAUUUGUAGAGGACUUUUUUACAGUUAACAAGGAACCUUCCCUCCUGAGUGCUGGAGCCUAAUGGGCUCCGGAGAAUCAUCUCACAGUGAAAGCAGUUACACAUUGAAAUCGAUUGUUGAGGGCCCUUUUAUUAUCUUAGCCAAUAGUGAUUCUGAAGCAGGUUUGUGCUUCUGCCCAGAGGCAGGAGGAUGAACCAUGAAAAUGGGAUAUUUUAUGUAUUAAAAUGUACGAUCUAAAUAAAUGCUAAGAGAAAUUGACUGCCCAUGUGUGGUGAGAGCCUAAGUUACUGGGAACAGGUGUGUUGCCUGUCUGCAUCAUAACUGAAUUAUCACAGUGAGUCUUCAGAGUCCCUAAGUGUCAGACAGGAUCAGCCUCCAUCAGCCAUAUCCCCAGGGGGGCUCCUUUCUCCCUGUUACAGAGCUAAGGGAGAAAAAUAUUUUCAGAGCCUUCGAGUAAAACAUGAAAGAUUGCUGUGUUAGAGCAACUGUUCAGUCUCACAUCUGGCAGUCUCUGGAUGCCCAGUAAAUACCAUUGGGAAGGAAGAAAACGAUUAGGGCAAGAGCUUAUGUAAUUUGUAUAUGAACUUUCAGUUUGUACUGAUAGAACCGUUUUUAACCUUCUUUAUUUCCCAAGUAAUUUCCCCAAAGUAGCACCAAAAAAGGGAAAGAAAAGAAACUGCCUAUUGGCCUUGUAUUUGUCUUAGACAGCCAUUUACCAUCCAUCACUGAAAUGCAUUCUAAACAGUUUUAUAACCAGCAUUCCAAAUUUAAUAUAAAAAUUGCAAAUCUGCUCACCACCCAAAUUAUAAUGCUACCGACCACAGCCACAGGGAGCAUUCAGUAAACCUUAGAUAAAUUCAGCCACACCAAGCGCUCAGCCUCCUUGAAUUUUUAAAUAGCACACAGCUAUGUAGGCAAAAAUUGAAUGCUGCCAGCUUCCUAACCUGGUACGUUAUCAGAGGCCCGCUUAACCUCACUGUAUGGCUUGUAUCAUACGAUUUUCUCUACCUGAUAGAUAAUCAGUAUUUAAAUCACUUCUUUCAAUGGUGGGUUGGGGAGCAAAAGGCACCAAUUAGCUGGGAAGCUUUUCUAAGACAUGUGGUUCCAGGACCCAAGCUAGGAAAUUCUAAUUCAGGAAAUCUGACAUGGGAUCUGAGAGUGUGUGUAGUUAGGGAAAAAAAUAUUCCCCAAAUGAUGCUCUCUGGACCGUUGGUUAAGAUGCUGCCUGUCAUUUCUUUUGCAUCCACCUUGGGAGCGUUAUUGAUUUUUCAUUAUUACAGUCAUUAUAGAUCACCAAAUCUAAAAGGUGAUUUCCAGUGACAAAUAAUCUGGUCAAAAUUAACGACAGGCACAUUUAAACCUAGACAAUGAAAACAUGUUGAUUGCCUCUUUGAUCACCAAAGACUAUGAAACAUAGAUUUGUACCAGGCUUUCCUCUCCAACCAGCAGGGAAACUUCUGUAACAAUGGGUUGGAACCACUUGCACAUUAUGAGACAUCAAGUACUCCAAGGGGCCUUAAAGAUUGGGUAGUCCAGUUUUUCAUUUUAGAAAUGAGGAAUCAAGUCCCCAGGGAGAGUUUUGUUCAAAGUCACAUCAAGACUUGGGGCCCAGGCAAGGUUCAUGUCUCCUGACUCCUAGUCUUUCUUCUUUCUCCUGAGUCUCCAUGACCAUGUUCACUCAAGAAGGGGGAGUUUUCAGAGUUCUCCAGAUGAGCCCAGAAAGAAGAAAAUCUCUUCCCUAUAAAAAUCUGUUACAUAGCAAGACCCCAUGGAUGAAAGCUAGAAAUGGGGUUCCUUCUAUUGAAUGUCAUGGCAAUGACAGGUUCCUGUCACGUCUCAGUCCCUGAAAGGGACAAUUAGCAUCACAGUAACAGAUGGAAAAUACAAACAUUUGAGUUAAUUCAACUGCAUAAUUAUUCAUAAAAAUGCAAUAUGAAAUUCUCAUAGAUCUGAAAUGUUUCUCACUUUGAAAAAUUGUUGUGACAUGU